UUUACUUCGAUGGUCUGCAGAAGUUGUCAAUGUGCUGAGGUGUUUGAGGAUUUUUGGACCAAAGUAAUUUACCUUAAAAAGAACUCCUCAUUAAAAUACAGGAAGGUUAAAACACAUUCACAUGAAAUGAAUAAGCUUUGAAAUUUAAGGUUUGUCCAUCUGAAGUGGGAUUUGACAACAGCGAUGGACCCAAGUCCCCUAACCGUGGCACUUGCACGGCUUCAACCAGUUUGCAUGGAGAUUGUUCAAGCGCCUAGUAUCAGCAAUUUAGAAGACUUUUUGGCAAAAAUAAAAGUCAUUGAUCCAAAAGUAAUGCAAGAACUACAACAGUUUUUAAUGUUUCCACUUCGUUGUACUCUUGUAAACUUCCUAAAGAAAACUAUGCAACAGCAAAUACUUGUAAAUACAUGCCAGGCUUUAAGUGUGUUAUUAGCCAGAACUACUGUCCACACUUCCAGUAUCUUCCUGGACUUUCUUGGGCUUCUUUCAGAUACAUUUUUUGCAGUCAGCCCAGAUGGCAAGAGAAAACAGAAGUUGUCUGAAGAGGAGACAAUGUCUGUGCUAGAUGCUGUUGAUAAACUUAUGACAAGUGCAACUGACAGCGUUAAAAAGGCAUUAUACGCUGUCAACUCUCUUCCUCUUCUUGGGAGCUUGGUUUCACAAAUGGUUUCAUUGGUGUCGGAGACUAAAAAUGGUCGUAACCUGCAACUAAAAGCCAUGCACGGACUGAGAACUCUAAUGCAGAUAAACUGCCAAUGUGCAGGUCAGAUGGCAUGGCAGCUAGGAAGUAGAUUUGCUGGCUUAUUACCAGGUAUUUCCACAGCAAUGCUGAAAGUGGUGAUGGGAGAUACCAAGCAAGGGCACCAUGUAUUCUGUACAGCGCUGUCUACAUGGACAGAUGUGGUGUGUCUUACAUUAGGAGACAUGUCUUUGUCAGAGGAACACCAAACCAACAAUGUAUGGCUCGACAAGGCUGAACUAGACGAGAAACUCAAAAAUCUGGUUGUUGAGCGCUCAGAAGUGUGGGUAACUUCUGUUGUACCACGUGUUGACUUCAUGCUGAAGGAGUUCUCUAAACUGAAAAAACAUGAUAGCUGGAGAGUGCGGCAGACACUUGUAGAAGUGGCACAUAGAAUUCUUACUGAGUGUCAAGGGUCCUUGCGCUCAUGUGUGCCAGCCAUUUUAGAAAUCCUGGUCUCAUUGAUGGCAGAUGAAUAUGCUCAAGUAUCAGAACCAGCAAUAAAUGCUUUAAGGAAUUUUCAAGAGAGGCAAGAAGGAAGUGAUGGCUGCAGAAGUUUGAAGGAAAUGCUGGAAGAAGGCCUUUUGGUAUUGAUUACAUCAUUUGUUAGGAGGAUGAAAAUGGAAGAUGAAGAUGAAAAGGUGGCAUUGAUAAAUCUCUUGAAUGGCUACAUCUCCAUGCUGGGUAACCAGACGACCUUGUUUUUAUCACCUCCUCACAUGUCUCGCCUGGCACAAGCUCUGGUGCAGGUAAUGGAGCUAGACUGCAGUGACCAAAAGAUACUGGAGGAAACAGGAAUAGGAGCAGGUGGUGGUACCACAGAUCAUUCAAAAUUUGUAGACCGUGUGACUAUCAUGAAACCACGUAAAAAGUUUGUGCACUUUCAGAGUGACAAAGUCCAGGCUGGUCUGAUGAGGACAUGUCAUUUGCUGGGUCUACAUGGUGAACUGUCUGUGCUGGUAGGAAGUUUUUUGGAAGUGUAUCGGCAGAGCACAGCACAUCGCCUGGCCUCUGUUCUUAUAAUAAAUGAGAUCAUGGCAGGAAGUGCAAUUGUCAGUGGAGAGCAAGCUAUGAAUACUCCAGCAGUUAGUAUUAAGACAAACAUUAUAAGGAUGCUGAUUGAGGAAUAUUUAUCGCCCACUAACAUGACACUGUGUGAAACAGUCGAUUCAUCACAAAAUACAAAUUCAAAUUCAUCCUACUCUGUUUCCUUAUAUAUGAUGGAAGAGGCUGGUGAGAAGCCAUCUUUUAUCCUCACCAAAAACAAGGCCAUUUUUUUGUCAUGCCUCUAUUUGGAAGGUAUCGGAAUAUUUGCCAAGGCUUUAGGUAAAGACUUCAGGUUUUUGUUGAUGGAUAUUCUUUACAUACUGGCAGAAAAAGUUGGCAGCGAGGUGUCUUCUGUCAGUAGCACAGCUUACCUUGCCCUUGUGGAUAUAAGUUGUGCUUGUGGCUACAGCAACUUAGAUGACUUCAUCCAAGAGAAUUCUGACUACCUGGUCAACUCAGUCUCUUUACGACUACGUCACUUUGAUCAAAAUCACAGAGCACCUUCUGUUUUGUCAGUCAUGCUUCAGUUUUGUAGUGUCAACAUUCUGCCAUUGGUGUGGGACAGUAUCAUUGAGAUUCUUGAGACACUGGAUGAAAAUUAUGAAGACCAAGCUGUGUUAUUUCUACGGGUUUUGCAUCAUGUUAUGCUGGCUAUUGGACGUUGGUAUCCACCACAAGCACAACCCAAACUUGUUAGAAAACAGCAUCAUGUCACACAACACCUUGAUCCUGCAAGACUAGUAGCUGUCCUCCUUGAAAGACAUCAACAAAGGCUGGCAGCAGAAAAUUUUGAUGAUGAGCCAUUAGAUGAUGAAAAUGUUCUGCAAGAGGAAGAGAAGACAAGAGAGGAGGAACAUGACCAACCAGAGGUACCGCCACACAUAAAAGCUGUCAAGAAGGUCUUGCUAAGAGCAAAGAACUUACUGGCUUUAAAUAAUCCACGGAUGGUCUUGCUGGCAGUAGAUGUGGUCACUCAGGGAUGUAUUGACCUUGCAGACCAUGAAAAUGAACUCCUCCCCAUGAUACAUAAAGUGUGGGAGCCACUGAAGCAAAGAUUCUGUGAUCACAAUAAACUAAUUGUCAUUAAAGCAGUGAAGGCACUUCACACAAUGUGCAGUCUGUGUGGUGACUUCAUCAGGAAACGUGUGGAGAAAGAUAUUCUGCCAACCCUGCUCCAUUUCCUCCUCAAACAGUCAGCUACCAGUGAGGGAUCUGGUUCAGCAUAUCAAUACACGCUUGAUUAUAAACUGCAAAAAACUCUGCUGACAACUUUAGGAGACAUUGCUUACAUGAUGGAGUUAGAUGGAGUGGCUCUUGAACAAGUGAUCGACAGCUGUCAACCUUACCUAAAUGAACGUCAGCCUCAGAAAUUGCAAGAGUUAUUCAGCAACAUUGGAGUCUCUAAUGUGUUUUCAAAAAAUGUGGGGCUCCUUUUGGACUGUCUGGACAAAACCAGUGAAGAAGUCUUCAUAUCACAAUCUAAAACAUCGAUUGUACUAUGAUUUCUUGAAUCCUUCAUAUUUUAUCUGAGUGAUGAAUCACACCUGUAAAAACAUUUUUCUCCCCGAUUCUGAUUAUUUCAGAAUAUACUGCUAUGACCUAAAAUUUAUGUGGCUUGUUUUGAUUUUAUGCUUGCAAUAAAGCAUUGGAUGCAGUGCAUUCACAUGUCUGAAAGAU